UCUCCAGUCUGUUUUUCUCAGCGACCACCUCACAGGUUUUCUCCUCUCAUCUCCUCCAGCGCUCCCUCCAUUCGUUCCGUCUCUGCGUUCCGAGGAUGACACCUCCAAUUUCGAGGAGCCCGAGAGGCCCCCCCGCCCCGCGGCUGCUGCCCAGCGAGAUCAUCCUCGCACAGGCUUCCACGGACAAGACCUGCCCUUUGUAGGGUGGUGCUUCAGUCGGGCCCUGAGCGCACUGGCCAAGUCUGAAUCGGUUGGCACAGGGCUCAACUCUCCUGCCAAGACCAACUCCAUGGAAAAAAAGCUGCACCUCAAAAGCAAAGAACUGCAAGACACUCAAGACAAAUGUCACAAGAUGGAGCAGGAGAUCUCGCGGUUUCAGCGUAAGAUGACUGACCUGGAGUCAGUCCUCCAGCAGAAGGAUGUGGAGCUCCAAGCCUCCGAGACCCAGAGAAGCAUCCUGGAGCAGGACCUCGCCACCUACAUCACCGAAUGCAGCAGUCUGAAGCGCAGUCUGGAGCAGGCUCGUGUUGAAGUGUCACAGGAAGAUGAUAAAGCUCUCCAGCUCCUCCAUGACAUCCGAGAACAGAGCAACAAACUCCAGGAGAUCAAGGAGCAGGAGUAUCACGCUCAGCUGGAGGAGAUGCAGGUGACCAUCAGACAGCUGGAGGAGGACCUGUCUGCAGCCCGCCGCCGCAGCGACCUGUACGAGACCGAGCUGCGAGAGUCACGGCUGACCAGCGAAGAGCUCAAGAGGAAAGCAGCCGAAUACCAGCAGAGGAUCCAGAAGGCGAAGGAACAGGGCAAAGCAGAGGUGGAGGAGCUGCUCUCUAAACUUGAGAAGACGAACGCCGAGCAGCAGCUGAAGAUCCAGGAGCUGCAGGAUAAGCUCUCAAAGGCGGUGAAGGCGAGCACAGAAGCCACGGAGCUGCUGCAGAACAUCCGUCAGGCCAAAGAGCGUCUGGAGCGAGAACUCGAGCGUCUGCGCAGCAAAUCUGACCCCAGCGACACACUGCGCAGACGCCUGCGAGAGACUGAGGAGGGCAGAAAGACUUUGGAAAACCAAGUGAAGCGUCUGGAGAUGGUGGAGCGUCGAGAGAAUAAACUGAAGGACGACAUCCAGACCAAAUCCCAACAAAUCCAACAGAUGGCUGAGAAGAUACUGGAGCUUGAGGAAAACUUGCGGGAGACUCAGGCUACAGCACAGAGGAUGGAAGCCCAUCUGGUCCAGAAAGAGCGACUCUAUGAGGACAAAAUCAAGGUUCUGGAGGCUCAGAUGAAAGCAGAUCUGGCUGAUAAAGAGUGUCUGGAGCAGAAACGAGCUCAACAUGAGGAAGAGGCGCGGGAGAAAUGCAGACUCAUCAGUGAGCAGAAAGCUACCAUCAACGCCAUGGACAAUAAGAUGAAGAGUUUGGAGCAGCGGAUCGCUGAACUCUCUGAAGCCAAUAAACUGGCGGCCAACAGCAGCAUUUACACACAGAAAAACAUACACGAAACUAUCGUAGUGAUGUUGUUAAACGCACAUGAUCGAGCAGAGCUGUCUGUGUGUGUGUUUCAGAUGGGUCUGGAGCACGAGGAGCAGAAGCUGGAGAUCAAGCGUCAGGUGACGGAGCUCACGCUCUCACUGCAGGAGAGAGAGUCUCAGAUCAGCAGCCUGCAGGCGGCGCGACACGCGCUCGAGAGUCAGCUACAGCAGGCCAAGACCGAGCUGGAGGAGACGACAGCCGAAGCCGAGGAGGAGAUCACUGCGCUGAGAGCCCACAGAGAUGAGAUCCAACGCAAGUUUGACGCACUGAGGGACAGCUGCUCGGUGAUCACGGACCUGGAGGAGCAGCUGACCCAGCUGACCCAGGAGAACGCCGAGCUGAACCGGCAGAACUUCUACCUGUCCAAGCAGCUGGACGAGCUGACGGUGGAGAGCGAGGAGCGACUGCAGCUCAGUCAAGACGUGGACCGUCUGCGCAGAGAGGUGGCCGACCGAGAGAUGCACCUCAACAACCAGAAACAGAACAUCGAGACUCUGAAGACCACAUGCAGCAUGCUGGAGGAGCAGGUGGUGGAGCUGGAGAGUCUGAACGAUGAGCUGCUGGAGAAGGAGAGACAGUGGGAGAACUGGAGAUCUGCUCUGGAGGACGAGAAGAGCCAUGCGGAGCGCAGAACCCGAGACAUGCAGAGACUGCUGGACAACGAGAAGCAGAACAGGUUGCGAGCGGAUCAGCGCAGUACAGAGUCUCGGCAGGCGGUUGAGCUGGCGGUCCGCGAGCACAAGGCAGAGAUCGUGGCUUUGCAGCAGGCGCUGAAAGAGCAGAGACUGAAAGCAGAAAGUCUGUCUGAUACUCUCAAUGACCUGGAGAAGAAACAUGCCAUGCUGGAGAUGAACGCAAGGAGCCUUCAGCAGAAACUCGAGACGGAGAGAGAACUCAAACAAAGACUCAUGGAAGAGCAAGGGAAGCUGCAGCAGCAGAUGGACCUGCAGAAGACACACAUCUUCAGACUGACGCAGGGCCUGCAGGACGCGCUGGACCAGACCGACCUGCUGAAGACCGAGAGAACCGACCUCGAGUACCAGCUGGAGAACAUCCAGGCCGUCUACUCGCACGAGAAAGUGAAAAUGGAGGGAACCAUCUCACAGCAGACCAAACUCAUCGACUUCCUGCAGGCCAAGAUGGACCAGCCCACCAAGAAGAAGAAGGGUAUUUUCGGGCGGCGGCGUGAGGAGGUGGGUGUCACGGCUAACAGCGCCGCCGCGGUCUCGUCUCAACCCACCGUUCCCCUGCAGUACGGUGACAUGAAAGCAGCGCUGGAGAAGGAGCGAGUGCACUGCUCAGAGCUGGAGGAGGCGCUGCAGAAGAUGAGGAUCGAGCUGCGCUCCUUACGAGAGGAGGCGGCUCAUUUUAAAGUGCAGGAGCACAUGGCUCCGUCCACGCCGGCCUCGGCCCGUCAGCAGAUCCUCAUGUCGGCCAUCGUGAAAUCUCCGGAGCGCCAGCCCAAUCCCAGCAGCCUCCUGAACACUUCCAGCUCGGCCCGCCGCAAAGAGAGCUCCACGCCGGAGGAGUACGGGCGACGCGUGAAGGAGAGAAUGCAUCACAACAUCCCGCAUCGCUUCACGGUGGGGCUGAACAUGAGAGCUGCGAAAUGUGCCGUCUGUCUGGACACGGUCCACUUCGGCCGACAGGCUGCCACAUGUCUGGAGUGUCGUAUUCUCUGCCACCCCAAGUGUUCCCCGUGUCUGCCGGCGACCUGCGGUCUUCCUGCUGAAUACGCCACACACUUCUCUGAGGCUCUGUGUCGGGAUAAAGCCAGCUCCCCUGCGCUGCAGGUCAAAGAGGCCUCGGGUCACGUGCGUCUGGAGGGCUGGAUGAAGCAGCCCAGGAAUGGAAAGAGAGGGCAACAGGGCUGGGAGAGGAAGUAUGUGGUGCUGGACGGGACGAAAUUAUCAAUCUACGAGUCCGAGCCGGCAGAAGACUCGGUGAAGCCACUGGAGGAGUUUGAGUUGUGUUUGCUGGAUGGUGAGGUUACGGUACACGGAGCCGUCGGAGCCUCUGAGCUCAUCAACACGGCCAAAUCAGAUAAGCAGCGCUGGGUGGCUGUUCUGGAGUCAGUGGUGGCUGGCAGCAGAGGAUCCCGAGAGAAAAGCGAAGCGGACUCUAUCGUGCUGGUGGGCUCAGAGGAGGGUCUGUACGCUCUGAACGUCAUCAAGAACUCUCUCACACACAUCCCAGGACUCGACUCUGUGUUCCAGAUCCAGAUCCUGAAGGAGCUCGACAAGCUGCUCAUGAUCACAGGUGAGGAGCGCGCUCUGUGUCUGGUGGACAUUAAACGGGUCAAGCAGUCUCUGGCUCAGUCUCAUCUGCCGGCGCAGCCUGAUCUCAGUCCCUAUGUCUUUGAGGCGGUGAAAGGCUGCCACCUCUUUGCUUCCGGAAAGAUCGACACAUGCAUGUGUAUCUGUGCCGCGAUGCCCCAUAAAAUCACCAUCCUGCGCUUCAACGACACGCUCAACAAGUUCUGCAUCAGAAAGGAGAUCGAGACGUCUGAACCCUGCAGCUGCAUCCACUUCACCGGAUACAGCAUCAUCAUCGGCACCAACAAGUUCUACGAGAUCGAGAUGAAGCAGUACGUGCUGGAAGGUGAGAUGAUACACACACACUCACUCACUCACUCACUCACUGCGUGUUGUGUGUGUGUGUCGUUGUUUGCAGAGUUCGGUGUGUUUGUGGACGCGUACGGCCGCAGGAGUCGCAGCGAUGACAUCAAAUGGAGCCGCCUGCCGCUGUCCUUCGCGUACCGAGAGCCGUACCUGUUUGUGACCUACUUCAACUCUCUGGACGUCAUCGAGGUUCAGAGUCACUCUGCGCUCGGGCCUCACGCUUACGCUCAUCUGGACAUUCCUAACCCGCGUUACCUGGGUCCGGCCAUCUCAUCCGGCGCUGUGUAUCUGGCCUCGUCCUUCCAGAACAAGCUGCGUGUGAUCUGCUGCAAAGGCAACCUGAGUCAGGAGGUAUCGGCGGCAGAAGCGCAGAGAAACGGCUCCACACGCAGCCCAAACAAGCGCGGCCCUCCCACCUACAACGAGCACAUCUCCAAGCGUCUGGCUGCUAUGCCCGAUGUACAAGAAGGCCUCCACCAGCCCGGGACACCCCACCGCUACCGCGAGGCUCGCACCGAGUUCAGGCGGGACAAGUCUCCCGCGCGGCCCCUGGACAGAGAGAAGUCCCCGGGCCGGCUGGAGCGGUCCCCCGGCAGGAUGAUGGACCCUCGGCUGGACCGCUCGCCGGGACGAGUCAUGGACCUGCGCAGGGAGAGGUCACCCGGCCGCACGUUUGAGGAGCCUCGCCAAAGACUGCACACGGGAUCAGCUCGAACCCCCAUCAACACUGUUAACAAGGUCAGGACGACUAAACACACACUCACUCUCACA